UUUUGCAUUCGCCAUCUUGAUAGAAAUUCCGGUCCUAAGGACUCAGUGGCGAUCAUGGUUAAGCGUGUAUAUUCCAAAACUUACACCACUCCUAGGCGUCCAUUUGAAAAAUCAAGGUUAGAUCAGGAGUUAAAAUUAAUCGGAGAAUACGGAUUACGUAACAAGCGAGAAGUAUGGCGUGUUAAAUAUACACUUGCAAAAAUUCGUAAAGCUGCCCGUACCUUGCUUACCCUGGACGAUAAAGAUUCCAAACGAUUGUUCGAGGGUAAUGCAUUACUUCGUCGAUUGGUAAGAAUAGGUGUACUAGAUGAAAGUAAAAUGAAGCUCGAUUACGUGUUGGGUCUUCGUAUUGAAGAUUUCUUGGAAAGACGCCUUCAAACACAAGUCUUUAAAUUGGGAUUAGCAAAAAGCAUUCAUCAUGCUCGAGUUUUAAUCCGUCAACGUCAUAUCAGGGUUCGCAAACAAGUUGUAAAUGUUCCUUCUUUUGUUGUACGUUUGGAUUCGCAAAAACAUAUUGAUUUCUCGUUGAGUUCUCCCUUCGGAGGUGGUCGAGCUGGUCGUGUGAAGAGAAAGAAUAUGAAGAAGGGUAGCAAGACUGAUGAUGCUGAGGAAGAUGAAGAAGAGGAAGAUAACGAAUAGAUCUAUUGAAUUGCUGUAGCAAUUUAAAGAAAAUGUGAAAUAAAUCUUUUCUUGUAAUUUUACG